AAUGCGUUCAAUAAAGAUGUCGAAAUAACUUAAGAUGACGGCUGUCAUGUCAUAACUGAUUGCCAUCUAAUUGCAGACUAGACAAUUAUUACAAAAAUGAUUAGAAAUCUUGUGUAUUUAGCGAAGAACCAAUUAUUGGGAACUGGUGUUGACCAAUCAAGCACGCCAGUAUCUGUUAUUGGCGGGAAACUGUGGCAUACUGUAUCAGCAGCCGAAGGUAUUGAUUUUCCGCGAAGAGCCUUAGCACUACAUGUUGUGCCUGUGUGUAACAUUAAAUCCAAUAGUAUUCUAUAAGUCAACAUCGUGGAUAGAAAAUACGUUUCCUGUGUGUGUACACAUUGGAUUUUACAAAAUACAACGAUUUCAUAAUGCAUUGUGUUAAUAUUUGUUCUCCACUGUUAAUUGAAAGAAAGCAGGUGCUUGGAAUACAGAAUUUGUGAUCGUUCGUGCAAUAAUAUUUUUUUCUUUGAGGAAUACUUUUACAAUUUUAAUCUACGAUGCCAGUAAGAAGGGGUCACGUUGCGCCACCAAAUAUCUUUAUUGAUACAAUAAUUCGGAAAUUUGAUGGUCAAAAUAGGAAAUUUGUGAUAGCCAAUGCUCAAAUCGAGACAAAUCCAGUAAUAUUUUGUAAUGAUGGAUUUUGUGAACUCAGUGGUUAUUCGCGUGCCGAGGUCAUGCAAAAAACAUGUGUUUGUGACUUUAUGCAUGGACCUCUCACAAGCUCAACAGCAAUGCUUCAAAUUAAAGAUGCGUUAUUGGGCUCAGAAGAAAAACAGGUGGAAAUAUUAUAUUACAAGAAAGAUGGAGAAAAAUUUCUAUGCAGCGUCCUGAUAGCUCCGGUAAAGAACGAGCACGGGGAGAUAAUUCUGUUCAUCAUAAACUACGAAGAUAUUACAGACGCUCCAAACAAAGUCCCAGUUCUACCUGAAAUACGCAACUUAAGAAAUAGCAAGUUGGAUAACUUCAGAAAUAAUCGUCACAGAAGUUUCAAGCUCAAGUUACCGUCUCUACGGAAAGAACUGAAGUAUAAAACGAAAAAUGUUGACCAAUCACCGGAUCCAGAGAACCCGCCCAUUCCGGAAGAAGCGGUUCCCCUCAACCAGAUCUGCGGCUCAAAUGAUACAAUCCCUCAGUCUAACUCUAUUCAUGCAUCAACGAACAUGAUAACUCACAUGGAUCAGUCAGAGACUCGAACCUGUGAUAUUUCCGUUCAGAAUGAGAACAGUUUGCUGGCACCAAAUGUGCCGUCAUCAUUACGACGGGCAUCUUCGUUAGAGGGCUUUGACAUGCCAAAAUCUCAAGAUCGAUAUGAUAAGCUUGGGGAAUCAGAUUUAUAUGAUAGGUAUAUACGCCCCAGAUCUUAUACUCUAAGUACAUCUGUGAUGGGGAACCAUGUAAAAUCUGUUCAGAUGAAUCAAGCAUCUAGUGAUUCAGAGUUGACAAAGUUCCGAACGAGGACGUUACAGGACAGCCAGAUCGAUCUAUCGGAGGCGGAGAAACUGAAAGCUCUUGACGGACUUAGUCAGAACGCUAAGGGCUUGUUUUUACCAGGUGUACAGAACAUGAAACACAAUGUAUCGGAGAAAGUAGCUCAGGAAAGAUCAGUGAAAGAGGAAAUUGAGAAAUUGGUAAGAGCAAAUUGAUCACAAAAAAAACGU